AUGUUUUGUGAUAAUACUCCUUUCAGAGUGGUGGUGCAGAAUGAGAGAAGGGAAGAGUGGACCUCACUCCUUGUGACCAUUAAAAAGCUCUUCAUCCAGUACCCCGUGUUGGUGCGACUGGAACAGGCAGAGGGCUUUCCUCAAGGAGACAAUUCUACCUCAGCACAAGGAAACUACCUAGAGGCCAUCAAUCUGUCAUUCAAUGUGUUUGACAAGCACUACAUCAACCGCAACUUUGACCGAACUGGGCAGAUGUCUGUGGUGAUCACCCCAGGGGUGGGCGUCUUUGAAGUGGACCGCUUGCUCAUGAUCUUGACCAAGCAACGGAUGAUAGAUAAUGGAAUUGGUGUGGACUUGGUGUGCAUGGGUGAGCAACCAUUACACGCUGUCCCAUUAUUCAAGCUACACAAUCGGAGUGUUCCUCGAGAUUCUCGCCUGGGUGAUGACUAUAACAUUCCCCACUGGAUAAACCACAGUUUCUACACGUCCAAAAGUCAGCUCUUUUGUAACAGUUUCACCCCACGAAUAAAACUGGCAGGAAAGAAGCCUGCCUCUGAGAAAGCAAAAAAUGGCCGUGAUACAUCUCUUGGGACACCGAAAGAAUCCGAGAACGCUCUUCCCAUCCAAGUAGACUAUGAUGCCUACGAUGCACAAGUGUUCAGGCUGCCCGGCCCAUCUCGGGUCCAGCGCCUCGCCACCUGCAGGUUUUCUGCCAGAUUCGCUUGGGGGUGCAUAUAAGUAUGGUUUCAGACAACCUAGAUCCAUAGGGACCUUUAUGAGAAUAACCUUGAAAAUAUUUUAGAUUAAAAUUAGCCAGACAGAAGCUAGGCCAUUUAGAUGUCAUUUUGUUUACCAAGAAGUAUUGCCUCAAAAUAAGGAGAAGGUUCUCAGGCUUUUUCUAUCCGAGAGAAGCAGUUUGCAAAUUCCAGAAUCUUCCUCUCACUAGGUUGGCCCUAUUACAGAAUUUAGGGCUCAGAGUUUCUUUUAGUUUUAUUCUUCCCAGAGGCUAAGAACUUUGCUUUCUUUAAAUCCCACUUUUAAAAUUUGCU